UAAAAAUCCGGGACUCCUGCGCUUGGAGAGAUUCAACAUCUCAAGGGAACUCCUUCUUAUUUAUUCCAUCCUCCCUUUCUGAACUCCUCCUCUUUUAGAAAGGAAGAAUCAUGUUCCUCACUAUGCUACUGUCCCCUUGGACUAUCUUCCUUCUACCUGUACUAUACUACCUCCUCCCAUAUCUGCGCAACUGCUCUCUCCGUCGCAUACCCGGCCCUUUCCCCGCUCCCUUCUCGAACCUAUGGCUCAUGUACCAGGCCCGACGAGGAAGACGCUAUCUCGCCGUGGAUGAUGCACAUAAGAAGUACGGUGUCCUGGUCCGCAUAGCGCCAAACCAUGUCAGUGUCGCCGACGCCGAUGCCAUUCCCCAAAUCUACGGUCACGGGAAUGGCUUCCUGAAGAGCGACUACUACGACGCCUUCGUCUCCAUCCGCCGCGGCCUCUUCAACACCCGCGACCGCGCCGAACAUACCCGCAAGCGCAAGACGGUCUCGCACACCUUCUCCGCCAAAUCCGUGGGGCAAUUCGAGCAGUACAUGCAUCACAAUCUCGAGGAGCUGGUACGACAAUGGGAUACCCGCACCGCCCAGGCAAAGGGCGACUACUAUGACAUGGACGCGCUGAACUGGUUCAACUACCUAGCGUUCGACGUCAUUGGGGAUUUGGCAUUUGGUGCGCCAUUUGGCAUGCUGAAAGCGGGGAAGGAUGUUGCGGAGGUGAGGAUGACGCCCGAUGCGGAACCAACGUUUGCGCCAGCGAUUGAGGUGUUGAAUCGGAGAGGAGAGGUGUCGGGAACCAUCGGCUGCCUUCCCGCCCUGAAACCCUACGCCAAAUACCUACCGGACCCCUUCUUCACCAACGGCAUCAAAGCCGUCGAGAACCUCGCGGGGAUCGCCGUCGCCCGCGUCAACGCCCGGCUCUCGGGCCCUAGAACCGACCGCGUCGACCUCCUCGCCCGCCUCAUGGAAGGCCGCGACGAGAAAGGCGAGAAGCUCGGCCGCGAGGAACUCACCGCCGAGGCCCUCACCCAGCUCAUCGCCGGCAGCGACACGACGUCCAACACGUCGUGCGCCCUGCUAUACCACUGCCUCCGGAACCCAGAUGUCAUCACCAAGCUGCAGGAAGAACUCGACGCCGCGCUUCCCGACAGAUCCAACACCACCGCCGUCCCCACCUACGCCGCCGUCAAGGACCUCCCGUAUCUCGACGCCGUCAUCAAGGAGACCAUGCGCAUCCACUCCACUUCCUCACUCGGCCUCCCCCGCGUCAUCCCACCAGGGAAGGGGAUAACGCUGCAGGACACGCACUUCGCCCCGGGCACCGUCCUCUCCGUCCCCGCCUACACCAUCCACCACUCGACGGCCAUCUGGGGCCCGGACGCAGAUUCCUUCCGCCCCAGCCGCUGGCUCGACGGCUCCGUGGGGGACAGGCAAAAGGCGGCGUUUAUCCCGUUCAGCUACGGGCCCCGGGCGUGCGUGGGGCGGAACGUGGCUGAGAUGGAGCUGGCGCUGAUUGUGGCGACGGUGUUUAGCAGGUACGAGUUUGUGCUGCGGCAGGAGGGGGAGAUGGAGACGAGGGAGGGGUUUUUGAGGAAGCCGCUUGGGUUGCAGGUGGGCAUGCGGGUGAGAGGGGGUGUUAAGGGUUGAGGGGUGAACGAGCUUUUGGUAGAGAGAAAGGUGGGGGGAAUCCAGUAGGAUGGCUGGGUAGGAAAGGGGGGUUUGUACUAUCAUGGCUAUUUUUUAUUCUCUUCCAUCAAUGUGAAUGUGGCGCCGAAGUGACAGAUGUCAGAAGGCUUUCUGUUUCAU